CAAGAAUACAAAAAAUUAAAACAAUCCAAGCAAGCCACGUCUUUACAAAUUUUAUCAAGACAAAAUAGAAUAUUCCAUCAUUAUUUAUGCAAAUUGAACAAAUUCUAUACCUAGAGGACAGUUUUAGAAGGCUACAGCAAAAAUGCCGGCAGAAAACGACCUAGGAGAUUGGUUCAGAAGUAUUCCUGUAGUUACAAGAUGGUGGUUUUCGCUGUCGAUUGUGUUCACUUUGCUGGGACGUUUUGGCGUCUUAAAUAUCAUGUAUAUGUUUUUAAAUUUUGACUUAGUUGUCUAUAAAUUCCAGGUUAGUUUGUACUUGUAGUUGUUUGAAAAUGGGGUUGGUAUAAACGUUUGAGGGAAGUUUGACUUCUUGGUUUUGCCCGUUGCAAAUUUGCUGUCAGACUGUCAGUGGGCCUAUGAGAGGCAUUUGCCCCAUCAUUUGCCCCCUGAAAGUUUCAAAAUGGCCGAUGUUCAGGGGGGUGAAUGCCUGUCAUAACCAGUGCACUCUGUAAUUAUGUAAACUGAACAAUAACUUGGGGAGGGGGGGGGGGUUGAAGCCAGCUAUUUGGUGUAGAAAUUUCAAGACUUUAGCUGAAAGGGAAAUAUUCAAAAACUACAAAAAUAAUUGACAAUAAUUUGCCAUUUUUUGUUGAAUGGCAGUUGUUUUUGUAUUUUCUAAAUAUUUUUCUUUUCGCUGAAGUCUUGAAAUUUCCACACCAAAUAGCAAUUUUCAAUAGCUUCAGUUUGAUAUAUAGCCCAAUGUUGGAGGUCAGCUCAAAACUCAGAAGAACUAUUUUGGCUUCAGCAAAUUAUAGGUGUUAUUGUUCCAGUUUACAUAGAGUUGACUGGUCAUAACUGCACUGGCUAGGAAAAUGGCGACAGCAUUUUGAUGAUUAAUCAUUGUGGUAGUGGUUACCUUUUGAGUUGACAUUCUGUUGAUCUCCAUUCUGUGCUUGUAUGCAGAGUUGGUUAGAGCUGUGCCAAAAUUAUAUGUUUUAGCUUUUGUUCCCCUAAGAUCUCAUUGAUAAUUGCCCAACUCUCUGUCAAUAUUAGGGACAGAAUGAGAUGAUCUGUCUAGACAAACUUGGGUAAAGAAAAGUUGGUUCGUCUCAUAAUUUGUCUGUCUAACUAAAGACAUUUAAUACUUCCAUAUGACUAACAAGUUGUUUUAUUGUAGAUUUGGAGAUUGUUUACAAGUAUUGUGUUCUAUCCACUCACACCUCAAACUGGAUUUCAUUAUUUGAUCAACUUAUAUUUCCUCUAUAGUUAUUCCAAACGAUUAGAGUCAGGUACUGUAUAUACAGGCAAAGUUAAUAUACACAAUUUACCUUCCCUUUAAUUUAAUGGUAAUGCUCCCUGAUGCACCCUAUAGUUUGUUAUUUUACACUGUUUAAUGCGAGACAAUUUUACUUGAGGAGAGUGCUGCCACUCAAUGGGUUAAUUCAUGAACACUCAUACAAACAGUCAGUUCAGAAGCCAUCUACUGUACCACACCUAACUUGACAAUAAUAUUUUCUCAUAGGUUUAUUUGAUGGUAGACCUGCAGAUCAUUUAUUUAUGCUGUUGUUUAACUCUAUAAUUUUGAUUGUAUCCUUGUUCUUAUUGUUUUUGUAAUUUUAUGGUUGUCACUGUUGUGUUGUUGGCGCUAUCCUGUUUAUUGUUGUUGCUGCUGUUGUUGUUAUUCAUAUUGUUGUUUUUAUUGUUGCUAUUGAUGUUGUUACAAUCGUUAUUGUUGUUGUUGUUGUUGCUGUUGUUGUUAUUGUUGUUGUUGUUGUUGUUAGUAUUAUUAUUGUUUUGUUGUUGUUGCUGUAAUUGUUGUUUUUGUUGUUAUUGUUGUUGUCGUUUUAAUAUAUCCUAUUAUUGUUUUGUUGUGACUGGUGCUGUUAUUGUUGCUGUAAUUGUUGUUGAUGUUGCUCAAGAUUGUUGUUGUUUGUUAUUAUUUCAAAGGACAUUUUUAUAAAUGCCUCUUCCUUGACUAAUUUCUUUAACAGAUAAUUGGUUUUCUGAUCAACCUAUUUGUAAGUAUAUUUGAAUAAAAAUUAUGCAUUGAUAAUCCAAAACAUUAAAUCAUGGUGUUAUCCACUUAUGUUGUCCAGUAUGUAUACAACUAUUGGGGGGGGUUAAAAAUGUUGUGUUUUUUUUGUAUGCCUGUUGUUUAGCUCUUUAAGUAACAAAGAUAUGCAAAUAUGUGCAAGUGAAUCAGAUUUAAUUUUGUCAUUUUAUUUUGUUCAAGUUCCUUAUGGAUCCUCUUGUUCUAAGUGUUUUGUAUGUUUGGUGUCAGAUCAACAAAGAUACGAUAGUGACAUUUUGGUUUGGUAUGCAAUUUAAGGCAAGUAUAAUUAACUAUGACAUUACAAAUCACUGUAAUGGCAUUCCAAAUCUUGCUAGUGUAGUUAAUUUAAGUGAACAUCUCAACAAAUAAAUCAAAAUUAUGCUGACCGUGUAUUUCGUGAUUUUUGUACAUGUAGGCAAUGUACUUACCAUGGGUUCUGGCAAUUUUUAAUAUGGUCGUUGGUGGAGGGUAAGUACUUAGCAAGGCAAUUUAUAUAAUGAACAAUUUGUUAUGCCAAGUACUAUUUACAACAUAAAUUAAUUACAAUCUAGUUGUACAUAUCAGAUAUGUAGUUGAAAUAUGUCAUAAGACACUCCGGACUAACAAACAUUAAAGUUUCACAUGUAUUGAGCAUACUAGACAAGAUUUUUAUCUGUUACUCUUAUUCUGUUGAGCAUGAACAUCCUUAGAUGCAAACAAUGCUAUUUAUAUAUAAAACUCACUUUGUGUUUAGCGGUCUGAAGGAAAUUAUUGGUAUAUUCAUUGGCCAUCUUUACUUCUUUCUCAUGUUUAAAUAUCCACAAGAUUUUGGUGGAACAAGAUUUAUCAGCACUCCUGCUCUCCUGUAUGUACAAAGUUUGUAUGAGCAUUUACAAAUAGUACUUAAAGUAAUCUUUAACGUAAGCUUUUUUGUAUCUCUACAGGGUAUGUGCAUGA